GUGUUGGGCUCAAUAUUUAUUGCAGUUUUAGUUUAGGAGUACAAGGAAUAGUCUCAGCUAAUGAGUGAAAAGUAGUGUCUGUAACUAAAACCUACAAAAUACCCUGACUGUCAACAUUUGGAAUCCCUUGUUGUCCACAAUCAGUGUCUUGUGGGCCACACCUGCAUAUAUCCAACAUCAUUCUCAAGCCGGAAAGGUUGUUUCCCUUCCUCGAGGCCAUGGACAGUCUAAACGAUUUGAGUGCGCGGUUUUACUCCUACAACAAGAUGUACAGUUAUGAUAUGCGACUCCAGAGCUUUGCCGAUUGGCCUUUUCGUGAGGAAUGUCAAUGCACACCUGAAAUGAUGGCGACGGCAGGGUUUGUCCACUGCCCCAGUGUGAAUGAGCCUGAUGUGGCCUGCUGCUUCUUCUGUCUCAGAGAGCUGGAGGGCUGGGAGCCUGAGGACAACCCCUGGUCUGAGCAUAUCAAACGGUCUCCUAAUUGUGGCUUCCUGGCCAUGAAGAAAGACUUUGGGGAGCUGACUGUGGCUGAGUUCUAUCACCUGGAGCAGGAGAGACUGCGUAUCUACAUUAGGAAGACUAUCCAUUUGAAGAUCGCCAAUUUUCGAGAUGCGGUGGAGAAAACAGUUCAUUACAUGAGGAUGCUGUUUGAUUCGGGAUCUGUAAUGUAGUUGUGUAUUUUAGCCUUUGGUGUUUUAUCUGUAAAUAUUUUAGUGAAUAAAGCUCUUCUAUUUUCUACCGUGUUACA